AUGGAGAUGGAAGACUGCAGUGCAACCUGGACACCUGGUGAACCAAGACUGCAAUUGUCGAAAGACUCAGAUGAAGAUAAUGUUGACCCAACACAUUACAGAAGAAUCAUUGGAUCAUUAAUAUACCUUUGUCACACUAGGCCUGAUCUAGCAUACAAUGUAGGUAUGGUGAGUAGAUUCAUGCAGAACCCUAAGGUAUCUUAUCUCACAGCUACGAAUAGGAUACUAAGGUAUCUCAAAGGUACUCUCGACUAUGUCAUUUUUUUUCCUGCAGCUAAUGAAGGAAAAGAAUGCAAGCUGGUGGAUUACACCGACUCAAGUUGGUGUAGUGAUGCUAAGGAUAGAAAAUCCACAACUGGUUAUGUGUUUAUGCUAGGUGGUGCACCGGUUGCUUGGAGCUUAAGAAAAGAACCAGUAGUAGCAUUGCCUUCGUGUGAAGCAGAGUACAUAGUUGCUUCUCUUUGUGUGUGUCAAGCAAUGUGGAUAGUGAAUUUGGUCGAAGACCAACGAAGAAUCAUGGAUCUAUUACCAUGA